GACUUAGCAGAACAUCUUCACAGUCACUCUGACAAAAUGGAUCAAGAAGUUGUGGAGCAUAUCGUACUUCUGGUCAUUGUCACACUUUUAAGUGUCGUCCAAAAUGCCUUCUUUGCACACAAAGUUGAAGAAGAAAGCAAGAGCAAAAUUGUUCAGCGAGCAGUUCCAUCUGCCUUUGAGCGUGUCUUUAAUGCCAACCAAAACUGCAAAGAUGCAUAUCCUACAUUUCUUGCCUUACUCUGGUGUGCUGGCUUGCUGUGCAGCCAAGCUCCUGCAGCAUUUGCUGGACUGAUGUACUUGUAUGUGAGGCAGAAGUACUUUGUUGGCUACAUGGGGGAGAGAAGCCAGAGCAUUCCUGGUUACAUGUUGGGAAAACGCCUUAUAUGUUUCCUGUUUCUUAUGUCUGUCGCUGGAGUACUCAAUUAUUACUUGGUCUUUUUUUUGGGAAGCGACUUUCAAAUGUAUAUAAAAACUGUAUCCAAUACCAUCUCCCCACUCUUACUUAUUCCUUGAUGCUCUGGAGAGAGAAAGAGGUGAGAGAGAAUAGAAGAGGUCAGCAUGCUUAGCCAAUCAAUAUCCAGAAGCAGAUGUUUGAAAAGAACCUACAAAGCCCCUUUUAGAUCGCCAUCAAUCUAAAGCUCCCAGGGACUUUGUAGUUUUGAUUUAACACAGUCCCCCCACCCCAAGAAGAUGAUUUAUUGUGUGCAGUUCACAUGUCUUUGUGGAGAAGAGUACUAUGUUCCUGUAAAUAAUUGGAUCCCCUUCUAUAAAUGCAUUUGGUCAUUGGAUUCUGAAGUGCAAGGAUUUUUUUUAAUUGUAAAGAUGUAGUGCCUGAUUCUGCAGUCUUCAUGAAUUUUGAAUUUCUAGGACAGUCAGCUCCCAUUUGGGUAGCUAUAUAGACCAAGACACUUGGCAGUUACUAUUACUGUUGCAUUAGCUUUAUAGAUAAAACAUGAAGGAUAUGGUACACCACUUUCUUUUUAGUUUGUUUCAGAGCAUGUUAGAAUUUUAAAUAAAAUGAUUUACAACUAUUACUGCACAUUAUUUCCUUUACUUCUUAGUGAUGUGUUUUACAGAA